AUGGAAUUAAGUGAAAAUUUGUGGCGUCGUCAUGCAAUUGCUAAACUAUGGGAUGAAAGAAAACGUAUGGGAAGAACACCAAUCUUUAAGCUUACAAGUCCAGGCUAUCAAAAUAUUGAUUUUAUAUUUAAAAAUGAAACAGCAUCACGAACGGGUAGCUUAAAGCAUCGUUAUUCAUGGGCAUUAAUAAUGUGGGCUGUUGUUGAUGGUAAAAUUAAUGAAAAUACGACAGUUUAUGAGGCAAGUUCUGGGAAUACAGCAGCAAGUGAAGCAUAUAUGUGUCGCUUAAUUGGAGUGAAAUUCAUCGCUAUCGUACCAAAUUCAAUCGAACAAGUGAAAGUUGAACAUAUUCAAUCAUAUGGUGGUGAGAUAAUUAAGACAGAUUUAGGUGAUCGUUUAAUUAGAGCUAGAUUAGAAGCUGUACGAAACAAUGGCUUCUUUAUGAAUCAAUUUGCUAAUUCGGAUAGAGCUGAAGAAUAUCAUGAAAGUGGUAAUUAUCCGUUAGAAAGCGUUAAUAUAAUGCAUGAAGUAUUGGCGCAAAUGCGACAGGAUCUUAAUCAAACAAUUGAAGAGCCGCAUUAUUUCGUUCAUUCUGCUGGAACUGGAGGGACAAUAUCAUCAAUUGGACGAUAUGUUAAAAAAUAUGGUCUAAGAACAGAAGUUGUACUUGCUGAUACACAAUUUUCGGUAUAUUAUGAUUAUGUUAUGAAUGAACGAUUUAUGAAUGAAAGUGGUCGAAAUGUAUGGAUAAUACCCGGUAUGGCCGGUAUCGGAUUUGGUGUUAUGGGACCGGUUAGACAUGGUAUUACAUCAAGUUUAUUGCGAACUGUAAUUGAUCGAGCUAUUAAAAUUCCGGAUAUUGCAUCAACCGCAGCAAUGACAGUCCUGAAAAGAUUAGGCAUUAACGGUGGUACCAGUACUGGUACCAAUUUUAUGGCAGCAUUACAUUUAGCUGCAACACAUAGCAAAGAUUCACUUUUCAACAAUGAACGAUUAAUAAUUGCUACAAUAAUGGGUGAUACUGGUGAUUAUUACAAAUCAUCAUAUUACAAUAGAACAUGGAUUAAUGAAAAUUUCAACGUUCAUGGUGGUCUUACCGUAUAUGAUUGCUGGAUAGAGGUAUUAAAGAAGUUAUAUGAUUAA